UGAAGAAGUUGGAUCAAACAUCUGUGAGAUGUACAAGGAUAUGAAGAGUCAAACCAAGAGCUCUUCAUCUUAAGAUUUCUCUAUUCAACAUUGGGAGGGUCUCAGACAAAAGAUGAAUGCUUCAGUUUGGACUCCAUCACUCAUAAACUCCUCUCUUGCAUUCAUUAACCUCAGUGAAGAGUCCAGCAAGGCCAAACCAAACACUUCAGGAACAUGUGAACAGGUUCACAUCGCCCCAGAGGUUUUCCUCACAUUAGGCCUGGUGAGCCUGCUGGAGAACAUCCUUGUCAUCCUCGCCAUCUUGAAGAACAAGAACCUUCACUCACCCAUGUACUUCUUCAUCUGCAGCCUGGCUGUGGCAGAUAUGUUGGUGAGUGUCUCCAAUGCAUGGGAGACUAUAGUGAUCCAUCUCCUGGCCAACAGAAGGUUAGUGGUGGAAGAUCACUUCAUCCGUCAGAUGGACAAUGUGUUCGAUUCUAUGAUCUGUAUUUCCGUGGUGGCGUCCAUGUGCAGCCUCCUGGCCAUUGCAGUUGACCGCUAUGUAACCAUUUUUUAUGCGCUCCGAUAUCAUAACAUAAUGACUGUGAGGCGAGCCGGGCUUAUCAUUGGUAGCAUCUGGAGCUUUUGCACUGGCUGUGGGAUCAUCUUCAUUAUCUACUCUGACACCACACCCGUGGUGGUAUGUUUGGUGGCCAUGUUCUUUGGCUUGCUGCUGCUGAUGGCCUCUCUCUACAGCCAUAUGUUCUUACUGGCACGUUCCCAUGUCAAGCGCAUGGCAGCACUGCCGGGUUACAACACCUCCAUCCAGCCGUGGGCCAGCAUGAAAGGGGCCAUUACCCUCACCAUUCUUCUGGGUAUCUUCAUCGUGUGCUGGGCACCGUUCUUCCUUCACCUUAUCCUCAUGAUCUCCUGCCCAAGGAAUCUCUACUGCAUCUGCUUCAUGUCCCACUUCAACAUGUACCUGAUCCUUAUCAUGUGCAACUCGGUGAUUGAUCCGCUGAUCUAUGCACUGAGGAGCCAGGAGAUGAGAAAGACCUUUAAGGAGAUCAUCUGCUGCUACAACUUGCGCAACUUCUUUGUCUUCUCAAGUAAAUACUGAAUAACCAUCAGAUGAUUACUUUAAGAAAUAAUUAAAUUAGUUGACACCUUAAAUUCCAAACACACACUCCUAAAGCUGCAUAGGAGAAAUAGUAACAGAUAACAAUCUAUAUAAAGAUAAGGAAAUUAGAGCACAAUGUGGGACUUUAUUGAGAUCUCUACUAAAACUCAAGAGGAGAAAUGUGAGGUCUUUUUCUCAGGAGGAACAUCUGAGCAGCAGGAGACUUAAACAAAAGUUUCUUAUGUUUUUGUAUCUGAUGUUACUGUUGUCUAGGAGAAACUACAGAGAUAUUAAAGAGAUCUCUUUUUGAUUUUUCUUUCCUGAAUGUCAACCCUCACUUUGUUUCUCUCAUAAUUACAUAACCUGCAUAGUUGUAACCCAAUAAUAUAGUUACUGGAUAAUACGUCUUAAGCUCUUAAGGGGCUGAUUAAUGCAGUUCAUUUGUGGAGCACUGUUUGCACAUCUAAAGGCAACUCAGAGAAUAUAUUUAAAAACCACAAAGAAUGAAACGAACUGAAACUGGAAGCAGAAACUAAGCACAAGGAUGCAAGGCAUAACCUCAAACCCUCAAAAACAGAAUGAAUUCUUACACAAUCAUUUUCAAACAGUUUGUAUUUAUUAAGACUAAUGUAUAUAAAUGACAGUUCUGACAGUUUCCAGAGAACUUAAUCAAUGUGCUCUAUAUGAACUUGACAUUUCUAUUUAGCCUCCAAAAAUAUUAAAUAGGCAGUGAGAUACAUAUGAAGAUCAUAUAACAUCAGAUUUAAGAGUAUUUUUAUUAGUUUUACAGUGUGGCUAAAUAGAUGCAUCAUUAGCUGAUUUGAUUGAUGCGGGUAAAAUCAUCUUGAGUGAAGUGAUGAUUGGACAGCACAAGAAGUCUUACAUGUUCCAUUUGGGAA